AUGGUAAAGGAGACAGAGUAUUAUGAUAUUUUGGGCAUCAAGCCUGAGGCCACCUCUACUGAAAUCAAAAAGGCCUACCGUAGGAAGGCUAUGGAAACACAUCCAGAUAAGCAUCCGGAUGAUCCAGAUGCUCAGGCAAAAUUUCAAGCUGUAGGUGAAGCCUACCAAGUUUUGAGUGAUCCAGGACUUCGUUCCAAAUAUGAUCAGUUUGGUAAAGAGGAUGCUGUUCCCCAGCAAGGGUUUGAAGAUGCUUCUGAAUACUUCACAGCAAUAUUCGGUGGUGACGGCUUCAAAGAUUGGAUUGGAGAAUUUUCUUUGUUUAAAGAACUAAACGAGGCCACAGAAAUGUUUGGGAAGGAAGAUGAGGAGGGUACUGCAGCCACUGGCACCGAGAAAGCAGAUGAGACCACUGAUGGUGGAAUGGUUAAGCACGAUGCUAAUAAAGCAGAAUCUUUGAAAAAAGAUAAACUUUCUAAGGAGCAAAGAGAGAAGCUUAUGGAAAUGGAGAAAAAAAGACGGGAAGAUAUGAUGAAACAAGUCGAUGAGUUGGCAGAGAAAUUGAACGAAAAAAUCUCUAGGUAUCUAAUUGCCGUCAAGUCCAAUAACUUGGAAGAAUUCACGCGAAAACUAGAUCAAGAAAUCGAGGAUCUAAAAUUAGAAAGUUUUGGCCUAGAGUUAUUAUAUUUAUUGGCCAGAGUUUAUAAGACAAAGGCAAAUAAUUUUAUCAUGUCCAAGAAGACCUACGGAAUUUCUAAAAUAUUCACAGGUACGCGUGAUAAUGCUAGAUCUGUUAAAUCGGCAUAUAACCUGUUGUCGACAGGCUUAGAAGCUCAAAAAGCCAUGGAAAAAAUGAGUGAGGUUAAUACUGAUGAACUGGACCAAUACGAACGUGCCAAAUUUGAAUCUACCAUGGCUGGUAAGGCGCUUGGUGUCAUGUGGGCUAUGUCCAAGUUUGAACUGGAAAGGAAACUAAAAGACGUUUGCAAUAAGAUUCUAAACGAUAAAAAGGUUUCUUCCAAAGAACGUAUUGCAAAGGCAAAAGCAAUGCUGUUCAUUGCUCACAAAUUUGCCAGUGCUAGAAGGUCACCAGAAGAAGCUGAAGAAGCUAGAGUAUUUGAGGAGCUAAUUCUUGGUGAACAAGAGAAGGAACACAAGAAACACACUGUGGCCAGAUGA